AUGGAGCAAUUCCGGCAGCUUGGAGAGGCCUUGGGAAGUGUGAAGGCACUCAUGCUAUUCAAAGAUAGCGUUCGUAUAAACCAGAGGCAGUGCUGUUUGUUGCUCGAUGUUUUGGGCUUUGCUUAUGAUUCAGUGGCGGAGGAGAUGAAACAAAAUCUCCGUUUCGAAGAGAAGCACGCAAGGUGGAAGGUUUUGGAGCAGCCAUUGAGAGACCUAAACAGGGUAUUCAAAGAAGCAGAAGGGUAUAUUAGGCAGUGCCUGGAGGUAAAAGAUAGGUGGGCAAAGGCCAUUAUGCUAUACCAGAACACCGACUGCAUCGAAUUCCAUAUUCACAAUUUGUUGUACAGCAUUGCGGUGGUGGUUGAAGCCAUUGAAACAGCAGGGGAGAAUUCUGGGUGUGAUCAAGAUGAGAUGCUGAAGAAGAGGCUAAUCAACUCCAUCAAAUACAGGAGAGAACACAAGGACUUGAAGACUUUCAAGUGGAAAUUUGGGAAACAAUACCUGAUUACUCGAGAUUUCUGCAAUCGAGUCGACACGGUUUGGAACGAAGAUAGAUGGGUUCUACUCAACAAGAUGAGGGAGAUGAAAUUCUCAGCUUCAUCCAAGUAUGAACAACGACUAACCGAUCAUCUUCUGAAGAACAUAGACGGGUCGGAGUCGUUGAAUGGGAAGCUAUUGCCAAGCUCAAUGCUAGUAGGAUCAAGGGACUACCAGGUGAGGAGACGACUAGGGGGUGGGAGUAAAUACAAAGACAUUCUCUGGUUGGGGGAAAGUUUUGCUAUGAGGCACUUUUUUGGGGAAAUAGAAACCUUACUUCCAGAGAUAUCCAUGCUGUUAUCUCUUUCUCAUCCGAACAUCACGAGAUUUCUUUGUGGGUUUACUGAUGAGGAAAAGAAGGAGUGUUUCUUGAUUAUGGAGCUUAUGAGUAGAGAUUUGUCGAGCUAUAUAAAGGAGAUUUGUGGGAGUCGUAAGAGAUUUCCAUUUCCCCUUCCUGUAGCACUUGAUUUGAUGCUGCAGAUUGCAAGAGGAAUGGAAUAUCUCCACUCAAAGAAGAUCUACCAUGGGGAUUUGAAUCCUUGUAACAUUCUGGUUAAGCCAAGAGCCUCUUCUACGGAUGGUUAUGUGCAUGCUCAGGUCUCAGGGUUUGGGCUUCCUGUUGUUGAGUUUAAGAAAUCUUCUAAUCAGAAUGAAUCCCGGCCGUUCAUAUGGUAUGCUCCGGAAGUUUUAGAAGAACAGGGUCAAUCAGGAAGUGCCCAGAGUUCCAAGUAUACUGAGAAGUCUGAUGUGUAUAGCUUUGCCAUGGUUUGUUUUGAACUUCUGACAGGGAAAGUCCCUUUUGAGGAUAGCCAUCUUCAAGGAGACAAAAUGAGCCGGAACAUUAGAGCAGGGGAGAGGCCACUUUUUCCACAUAGUAUGCCAAAAUAUGUGACCAACUUGACAAAGAGAUGCUGGCAUACCGACCCGAAUCAACGACCGAGCUUCUCGUCCAUCUGUAGGAUUCUUCGGUAUAUUAAGCGCUUUGUUGCGAUGAAUCCCGAUUAUAAUAGCCAGACAGAUCCUGCUACCCCAAUAGUAGAUUACUGUGACAUUGAGUCGGGUUUAUUGAGGCAUUUGCCAUCUUGCGGAAUAUGUGAUGCCUCAUCAGCCAUUACAGAUAUCCCAUUUCAGAUGUUUGCUUACAGAAUCGUUGAAAAAGAGAAAGACGGUACCGGCAUUAAAGAUACCUCAGAAUCAGGAAGCAGCGAUGGCACCGAUGAAACAUCAUCAUCAAUAGAUGAACCUCUCCCGACACCGACACCCGUUAUAAAAAGAUUACAAGCUUCGCGCGAAGGAACGAACAGAAGGCCUUCAUUGACUAAGAACAAUUCUGAUACUAGACUGAACAAGCUACCAGGAAGAGGUACACCAAAAGAACAAUUUUCAAGGCCUCCGCAAAAUAGACCUCGUGGGCGUACUAUACGAAUGAAUUCUGAAAGCAAGCUUAUAGUAUUGAGUCCAAAGGUUAGAAGAUCAUCCGGCCAUGCCUCAGAUUCUGAGCUACCCUAAAAACCAAGGAAGAAGUAUUGAUGUAGCUGACGACCUCAGUGAUUUAAGGCAUUGCUCGUAAAUGUCCCUGUGAUGAUGAUGAUGGCCUGUCUGAACUAUGGGCUUCACAGACAAGUUCUUUUUCUUCCCUUGGUGGGUGGGUGGGUGGAAAAGGACACAUGGAGAGCUGUGUUUCGAAGAUGAGAAUGAUCCAACAUAUUUUGUAAACUAGGGGAAAUCGGCCUUAGCAAAGAGCAGUUGAUCAAUCAGAGAAAGUGGGGAAAAAAUUGCUAGAGGAUUUGUCACUGUCUGUCAGUUCUUUCAAAGUUUUGCCGUCAUCUUAAAAUUCUAACUGCAGCUAAUGAACGCCUGAAUGAAAGCAAAGCAAACACUGCAAGUUGUGUAGAGGUUCCCUACCUGCCCUGCCAUAACCGAGAGUUCUGCAAACCACAACAGAAGAUCAUGAAGCUGUUUACAGACGAAAAUGGUUUCGGAAAUGGAAGGGGGACGGCUCAACAAUACAUGAAAAAGGAAACGAUGUAUGAAGUCUAUUAAAUUUGUAUUAUAAUCAGAAUUCAUAUGAGGUGUACUGCUUUGAUGCUGAUUUAACAUUUAACUAGAUCAACAUUCAG